GUUCUUCGACUGUUCAUCCCUGACACGUAGAAAUGAAAAUCUUCAACUGGAUGCACCGUAAACUGCACUCCGGCAACAACUACUCCCAGGUUUCACAAGAUGAAGAUGUCGAAGAGAAGGCAGUGGUGGAGACGGACACGGAUGCGCUGCUUCUCCAUGAUAUGCUUAAUGGCAUCCUCACCAUUGGCACCUUAGGCCAUCACCGCCACCUUGUGCCUGAAGCUUACUUCGAUUCAGAAGAGCUUCUCGGAGAGGUUGGAGAAGUCAUAGAGGAAGUGGAGGAAGCUGGGUUGUUCGAGGUAGCGAGAGAAGCUUCGGCAGCCGUACGCAAGGAGUCAUUUAAGAUCAAGUUGUCGGUCGAGGAUGAGGAGAAGAAGAUAAUGGAGGUGGUGCAGGUGCACGAGGUACAGGGAUCUGAGAAGAUCCUUGAGCUGCCAUUGCUGAAGGAGCACAAGGAGAAGAGACACCGGCGGAGGACGACGCUCGCCGAUCUGCUGGCGGCCAAUGCUGUCAGCGACAACGAUUCAGCGGCGAAGACAGUACCCGACGGAACCAAUGUGAGGGGCAAGCAGCAGGCGAUCAAUGCUAAGAAUAACAUGCAGCACAAGAAAAGUAAAGGAGAUCAGAAGCCACCUGCAACCACCACUACCACUGGAAAACUACAAACACUGAUACCAAGGAUGUUGAAGAAGAAGAUCCAUCCGGAGAUGGCAGAGCCCAAGGAAGAUGCGCUGAAGGAAAGAAACAAAGCAGAGAAGCGUCCAAUCGCCGGGGAAGCAGCAUCUGGUAAUCUUCCCUCUCUCUGAAUAGGCGUCAGCCGUGUUCUAAGGUGCAGAUGAAGUGAACUGCAGCCAGUACUAUCGUUGUUCACUGGAUCGCACAAGUGAUCGCCACCGGUUUGGUGUAGUUUCAUGUGGUUAGAUCUAAUCAAAGAUACAUAAAGCGAUAGAAAAUUAUGUGGAGUCUCAACAAGCUUCCCUCACGCAGUCCUCCAUUGAGAUUAGGAUCGCAGCUCGCUUAUCUCGACUCCGACACUGUUCGAUGCACCAGUUCAGCUGGCGAUGAUUCCUUGGUCGGAUCCACGGUGAGGUCGCGAUCUAUCUCACUUGGACUGCCGCGCUGCUGCGACCCAAAACACCGUGUCGCUGACAGUACGACGGUCGCCCGUCUAAAGGCGACAGUAACUAGUUACUCCACCCAGUUUACCCAACUCGCUACCCGUUCAUCGCUCGCUCGAGUUGUGAGUGAGGCGGCAAUGGCCCCACCUGGGAGCGGCGGACGGGGCAGAACUCGGUUGCCCUACGGAGGACAAGAAGGUACGUGGGAACAGUGACUCUGCACAUGCAUGGGCUGGUCCAAGUUGCCUUCGAGUCCGCGCACGCGGCCCACACGCAUGCGAGUGGAAGGGUGCAUUUUGCCCAACCAACGGUGGGAUCGUAGCCGAAGCCGAGUCAAAUUACGCCAAAACCUCGAGUGCUCGAAAGAUCAGAACCGUCUGUUGUGACGGUCGUGAUGGUAUCGGAUGAUAUAUAUUCUUUUGCAGACUAAAAGCUAAAAUUUAUAGUACCUUCAUGCAUGCUCUAUAAAUUCUCAAAAUAAAACAAGUCGAUAAGACACAUUAGGGUAAGUGACGUUGUGUUAGUAUGUGACAUC